AUGCUCGUCUUGCAAUCCUUCCUGAUAUCACUCAGCAUUGCUGGAGUAUAUGGACAGACGGCAACUACCACAGCACAGACAUCAUCCGUAACUGGGUGUCACAGUCAUGGGUCAGAUAUCUAUUGCAUCAAUGGAGAAGGCCAGGAAGUCUUGGUCUCUGCAACAUCCACUCCUACAACUGGUGUACCAGCACAGUACACGGGGUGCCAUUCUCAUGGAAGGGAAUCAUACUGCAUGGAUGCUGACGGAAAUGAUGUCUUAAUUCAAGAGGAAGAAACAACGACAGAGAGCGAGACUGAGAGUGAACAUGAUCAUAAUCACGAAGAAUCAUCAAGUGGAACAAAUUGCCAUUUCCACGCAGGUGUUGAACAUUGCGUCAGUGAGGGUGAAUCCGAAGAUAGCCAUGCUUCAUGCGAUAGCCAGACACGAGACUACGAUGUGCCUUUGCGAAUCGGCACACUGUUCGUCAUCCUCAUUACUAGUGCGAUAGGUGUCUUCGCUCCAAUUCUACUGCUGAAGCUUCCUUUCGCCUCAAUCAACGGCGUGGUAUCGACAAUUAUAAAGCAGUUCGGAACUGGUAUCAUCAUUUCAACGGCUUUCAUCCAUCUCUAUACGCAUGCCAACCUCAUGUUCACCAACGAGUGUCUCGGGGAGCUGGAGUACGAAGCCACUACUUCGGCUGUCGUCAUGGCCGGUAUAUUCUUCGCCUUCCUGUUGGAAUUCAUUGGCCACAGAGUGGUCGUCGCUCGCAACAGCAAGAGAACUGUUACUGAGACAUCGCCUCCGGAAUCCCAGCAACCGUCUCAAAAGGGCCAGUUCGAUCACCACCAGGGCCAGCAGCAGCCCACACUCGCUUGCCUUGGGCACAGCCAUGGCCCUUAUGAUCCCACUUUACCUAACAGCAAGUUCUCAGUCCUCGUCAUGGAGGCCGGUGUUCUUUUCCACAGUAUCUUGAUUGGUCUCACUCUCGUUGUUGCCGGAGAUUCCUUUUACAAGACGCUUUUGGUGGUCAUUGUUUUCCAUCAAUUCUUUGAGGGCCUGGCUCUCGGUGUUCGCAUUGCGACUCUUCCGGGCGCUAUAUUCCCCUCGAAGGCGAUUAUGGCAACGGCGUUUUCGCUGAUCACGCCUAUCGGGAUGGCUAUUGGACUUGGUGUGCUGCACACCUUCAAUGGUAAUUCCAGAAGCACUUUGAUUGCCCUUGGAACAUUGGAUGCGCUGUCUGCUGGGGUUUUGGUUUGGGUUGGUGUCGUGGAUAUGUGGGCUCGUGACUGGGUAAUUGAAGGGGGUGAAAUGAUGAAUGCUAAGAUUGGAAAGGUUCUCACUGGAGGUUUCUCCUUGGUUACUGGCUUUGUGUUGAUGGGUUUACUCGGCAAAUGGGCUUGA